AUAGUCAUAGAGCUGCACGAUGGGUCGAAGCAGAAAUAGAAAACAGAAGCAGCAGAAUCUUGUUAAUCUGGAUUGGACAGAGCUGCCUCGAGGUAUCCUUGAGAUCAUCUUUGAGCGACUGACUGUGACUGAUUGUGUAUCUGUUAGUGAUGUUUGCAAAGCCUGGAGACAUGUUGUUGCACAAGAACUUGCUGGUUGGCAAAGCCGUGGUGUGCCAUGGCUCAUGUGUGAAAAAGAUAGAGAGGAAAAUAGUGGUGUGUUGAAGUAUCUUGUGGAAUCUUGUGGGGAGCUUCUUCUUGUUUGUAGGCUUUAUAACACCAAAGCAGAGGCUAUUCUUGAAACACAUGAUUUCAAAGUAUAUUCAUUGGAUUUUAGCCUGAUGUCCUGGAAGAGGGUACAUGAUUUGGGGGAUAAAAUCUUAUUUCUAGGCAAAUGUUGUUCGCGGUCUGUUUCUUCGACGGAACUUGGUGUUGCGAUGAGGAAUCGUAUCUAUUUCUCUAACGAUCAUGCUGCUCCAUGGUGGAACGAAUGGGAUUCCGAUCAUCUUUAUGGAAUUUCAGCUAGGCUUAAUCUGAACAAUGCUGGAAGAAAGGAUUGGGGUGUGUUCAGCCUUGGCAAUGGAAUUCAUGAGGACUUUUGCUUUCGUGGCAAUCGAGACAGAUGGGGAGCGAUUUGGUUAACUUGCCCCCAAUGGUGGUGCUGUAGGAAAUUGGCUGUUAACCGAUAUAGUAACUAGUAAAUGUAGCUCAUCUAUGGGGAUCGUGGCAUGGCAGGGAUU